GAGCUCACAGACUUCGACACCCCGGUCACCGGACAGCACAGCAGCUUGCUACCUAGCACCCGCCUCUCUCAAAAUAUCCAAAGCUUCAACGCCCAAAGCAUCGAUCACAGCUGAUCAAGAUCCAAUCCGCCGGCUCAGUCUUCCGGAGGUGCUCAUAGGGGUAGGGGUGUGCGUGUGUGCGUUCAUAGGGGUGAGUGUAUGCGCGUGUAUGUGAGCGUCUGCGUUUGUACUGUGUUUCUCAAAAAAAAAAAAAAAUUUAAGCUUAGGUUUUACUUGAAAGAUGACCUCCGAGGAGGAAGAGAGACUGAUGUUCCCUUCGUUCCUCUUUCCGGAGAUUUUCCCGGCGGACGCGGCCACACCAGACUCCGGUGCCGAGCAGAAGAAGGCUAGCCGGCAGCGGCGAAGGCGGAAUGCUCGUCCGGUGGUGGAGGGCGAUGCCGACGACACCGCAGCGAAGAAGCGGCGUCUGAGCGACGAUCAAGCACAGUUCCUUGAGAUGAGCUUCAGGAAGGAGCGGAAGCUUGAGACCCCGCGCAAGGUGCAGCUCGCCGCCGAGCUUGGCCUCGACGCCAAGCAGGUGGCCGUGUGGUUCCAGAACCGCCGCGCCCGAUACAAGAGCAAGCUCAUAGAGGAGGAGUUCUCCAAGCUGCGCGCGGCCCACGACGCCGUCGUCGUCCACAACUGUCACCUCGAGGCCGAGCUUCUGAGGCUCAAGGAGAAGUUGGCCGAGACAGAGGAGGAGAAGGGCAAGGCCAUGGCUGCGGCGGUGACAGCAGGCGUCGGGGCCAGCAGCCCGACCUCGUCGUCGUUCUCAACGGUGACGCACCACGCGGCGAUGGUGGAUCAGUUCGAGAUGGAUGAUGCGGAGGCCGACCUCGCCUACAUGAGCGAGUACGCCUACAACAGCUACAUGAUGGACAUGACGGCCGGCGGAUACCUCGGAGGCCUCUACGAUCAAUUCAGCUGAUUUGGAUCGAUACAGUUCUAGUUCAAUUAAUAUGAUCGAAGUACGUAUGCACGUAGCAGCAGUAGUAGAAGGUCGGAACUCAGAAGUAGUAUUGGUGGUAGUGCCAAUGGGUCGAUCAGUAAUUCAGUACCCUACCCACUGAGAAUCUUGCCAAGCCAUGUACAUUAUUAAUUGGCAAUGUUCGCGAGUA